AUGGCCCAACUAUUAUAUAUGUUAAUGCUGGUAUUCUGUGCCGCAGCUAAUGCCGACUAUCGGAGCUUUUUGAACGACCACAGACAUUCAUUUCUUCAGAGAAUAUCACCUUUUGAUUUCCAAGUCCCUAGUAGUUAUAAUAUACCUUUUUCAUUUGAUGCUCCAAGUAUAAGGUUCCCGGUAAAUGGGUUUGGUUUCAGUAAUCCACCGCCUCCCCAGAACUCUGGACCUAACCAAGCAGGACAAACUUGUGGUGUCGCUCCGCCCUUUUGUACUAAGUCCCGAUACAGAACUAUUGAUGGCACCUGUAAUAACUUACAAAAACCUAUAUGGGGUGUACCUCAAACUCCUUACGGCCGCUUAACGAAAUAUAACUACGGGGACGGUAUCAGUGCACUGCCAGUUUCUUCGACUAGACGACAAUUACCAAAUGCUCGUGAAAUUAGUGUAAGGUUGUUCCCAGACAAAAAGUUAAUUGAUCCCGUUUGGACUCUAAUCACGCAACAGUGGGGGCAAAUUAUAACACAUGAUAUGUCAUUGACUGCCGGCGUAGCACAGACACAUAAGGAUUUGUUGACAUGCUGCGAUGACAAUGGACGAUUAACACCAGAAGCUUCAUCCAAUCCAAUGUGUGCCACAAUGCUCAUACCACCCAAUGAUAUCAUUCAUAGUCUUCAAGGAACGCAGUGUAUGAACUUCGUUAGAACUAUAUCAUCGAGGGACAGAGGAUGUACAGCACGAAAUGCACCCGCCAGACCGCUUUCAGUGGUCACGGCCUAUAUGGAUCUAUCGUUGGUGUAUGGCAGCAGUGCAUCGCAGGCAGCAGCUAUUCGUGCUUUUACUGGAGGCCGCCUGACGACCCUAGUGCGGAAAGGUCGUGAAUGGCCACCUCAGGACCCCAACAUUACUUUGUCAUGUGAAUCUGCUCGAUCGCCCAACGAACCUUGCUAUUUAGCUGGUGACAUUCGUGUAAACCAGAAUCCUCAGUUGACAGUACUUCAAAUUAUACUGUUACGCGAACACAACCGUAUAGCUGACACUUUGGCUAAGCUCAAUCCGUUCUGGGAUGAUGAGACGAUUUACCAGGAGGCGCGACGUAUUCACAUAGCAGAAAUACAACAUAUUAAUUACUAUGAAUAUCUUCCCAUUUUACUUGGUUUUCAAAACAUGGUCGAGAACAAACUCAUCUACCCAGGCGUGAAGGGCUAUGUUAAUGACUACAACCCUACUGUUGACCCAUCGGUACUCGAUGAGCACGCGACAGCGGCUUUCAGACAUUUCCAUACAUUAAUUCGUGGAUAUUUACAAAUGUUCACUGAGAAUCGUAAAUUAUCCAGUGCUGUACGACUAAGUGACUGGUUUAACAGACCUCUACUGCUAGAAACCAAUAACGCAUUUGAUGAAUUAACAAGAGGUCUUACUGUGCAGCCGCAAGACUUUAGUGACCAGUACUGGGAUAAUGAAAUUACGCAAUUUCUGUUUAAACGUAAUAACACGUUCGGUAGUGAUUUGAGAGCUACUGACAUUCAACGCGGGCGCGACCACGGUCUCGGUACCUAUAUAUCUACGCGAGCUGCCUGCAACCUUCCAGUGCCCAAGACUUUCCAAGAUAUGCUUGAUUAUAUUUCGGAGGAGAAUGUGCUAAUACUGGAAACUCUUUACGAGACACCUGAGGACGUUGAACUGGUGGUAGCCGGGUCCUUAGAGCGUAAUGUACCUGGAGCACAAGCUGGACCAACUUUCCUUUGCAUCCUCACUGAACAAUUCUACCGCACGCGUGCUGGGGAUCGGUAUUUCUAUGAAAACGGAGCAGAUCCUGAGUCUGCAUUUACUCUACGUCAACUUGAAUCGAUUCGACACGGAUCAUCGAUGGCUCGAUUGCUUUGUGAUAAUGCCGAUGACAUAAAUUUGAUGCAGCCUAAAGCUUUCGAGCAAAUUUCGCCUCGGAACAAGUUAGUGCCAUGUGACGUGCUGCCAUCUAUUGACUUGUCGUUAUGGGAGGACACAAGUGGUCUUUAUGAGAAAUAG